AAAUUCAACAAUGUAGCUUGAACUGCAAUUAUAACCAAUGCAAUGAUAAUGGUUACUGUACGCGUGGGUGCAAAAAUGGUUAUUAUGGAGACAAGUGUACAGAACGAUGCCCUUACGGUUGCUCAGAGAACUAUUGCGAAAGAAAUGGUAAUUGCUUUUCCUGUAAAAGCUUUUACACUGGAAAUCGUUGUGAAACACGAAUAUGUCCAAAUUGCAAAGAAGGACUGUGUGACUAUGGUAAUGGAGCAUGUACAAAUGGCUGUGAAGACGGUUUUUACUGGUACUAUUGUACACAGGAUUGUAACCUUAACUGCGAUCCACGGAUAUGCAAGCAGAAUACGGGAGAAUGUAGUUAUAACUGUGUUCCUGGGUAUUAUGGAGCAAAAUGUGAAACUCCUUGCAGUACAACAUGUUCCACGAAAUCCUGCAGAAAAUAUGAUGGUAAAUGUGAAAAUGGAUGUCAAGAUAGAUACUAUGGUUUCCAAUGCCGGCAGCUAUGCAGUCUACAAUGUAAAAAUAACAUUUGUAACUUUAGCAGUGGUCAUUGUGAUGGAGGCUGUCAUGAUGGGUAUUAUGGUACUUUUUGCAAUCACACUUGCAAUUCCACUUGUGUUCGUGGUCUAUGUAAUCAACUGAAUGGAUUUUGCAGCAUUGGGUGCAUACCGAACUGGAUUGGAAACACAUGUGAUAGAUGUGUAUCAACACAUUAUGGUUCUGAUUGUGCCCUGCCCUGUAGUAGUAGGUGUAAAGGUGGUACUUGUAACAGUAAUGGAUACUGCGAUAAAGGAUGUUUGCCUGGAUAUUUUGGAUAUUACUGUGACAAGAACUGCUCUUCCUGCCCUACUACUUGUGACAGAACGAGUGGUGAUUGUUCUGGAGAAUGCCGGGUUGGUUAUCAUGGCAACGACUGUAGCAUCAGGUGUAAUACUAACUGUAAAAACACGUGCAAUAAAGAAACUGGGGCCUGUGACAAUGGAUGUGUGGAUGGGAAGUUUGGGGACAAUUGUCAGAUGGGCUGCAACUUUGGAUGUUAUUUAGUCUGUGAAAGAAACACUGGUAACUGCACAUGCAAAAUCGGAUGGCAGGGAUCAACAUGCAAUGAAUGCAGACCGGACUUUCACGGUGCCAACUGCACAGAAAAGUGUAGUAGAAGUUGUCUAAAUGGGCUUUGUCACGCUGAGAAUGGUACCUGUCUUGAUGGUUGUAAACAGGGCUUCGUCGGUGAUCAAUGUGGCGUAGCCCUCUCUCGGAGUGGUCCGUCAGAUAUUCCUGUGUCUGCAAUUGGUGCUGGACUAGGAGGCGUCGUUUUUGUUAUAAUGAUUGUAAUAAUUGUCAUUCUUCUCAUCAGAUUCAGGAGGCAAAAGAGCAAUAACAAGUCGGAACACUCUGUCUCUUACAGUUCGGAUAACUUAAAUAUUUCUCCAAGAGCUGACAACAAGUUAUACACCAACAUAGGAAAUGUUCCCGUCACGAUUGAGGAUCCAGAGGAAGAACCACAAAUAGAGAACCCCGAGGAGGCUGUGUAUUAUAAUGAUCUGUCUGUGGCUAAGGAUGUCGCUGUGUCAGAUCUACUGAAGAUAAUCACUCAGAAAGAAGCCAAUGAAAUGGAAGGAUUUCAGAAGGAGUUCAAGUCUCUUCCUUAUGGAGAACGAUUUGCCUGUGAAACAGCUAAAACAGCAGAAAACAUGCCCAGGAACAGAUUCAAAACCACUUUUCCAUACGAUCAUUCCCGCGUAAUUUUAGAAGUUGGUAAUGGCUUCACCUCCGAUUACAUCAAUGCAAACUAUAUUGAGAAUAUGGAGGGGAAAAGAGAAUUCAUUGCUUGUCAAGGUCCACGUGAAAAUACUUUAAUAGACCACUGGAGAAUGAUAUGGCAGGAACAUGUGGAAUACAUUGUUAUGUUGACCAAUCUGAUUGAGGGACCAAAGGUGAAAUGUCAUCAAUACUGGCCUGAUGAAGGAAAGGAUCUGGAAAUCAAUCCAUUUUCUGUAACCUUGGUAGAAGAGAAAGUAUAUGCUUAUUUCGUAGAGAGAAAAAUGACUGUGCAGAAAAAGAGGGUCACUGGGUCAAGGACGGUCGUACAGUAUCAUUACACCCGUUGGCCCGAUCAUGGGACUCCAAAUCCUCUGAACUUAGUUGUAUUCCAUCGACACUUCAGACACAAAAUAAAACCUUCUCAGCAUCCAAUUAUUGUCCAUUGCAGUGCGGGAAUUGGGCGAACCGGGACAUUCAUUGCCCUUGACGUUUUGUCCAAAUAUGGCAAGGACAAGGGCAAGGUCAAUGUCAUAGAGUAUGUCAAGGCCAUGCGUAAAGACAGGAUGACAAUGAUACAAAAUGUGGACCAGUACGUAUUUCUCUAUCAUGCUUUGUACGAGUUCUUCAGAAGGAAACCCCAAUAUAAGAAGAAAGACGAAUUUCUACACCAUUAUGGAGAUGUCAACAGAAUAAAUUCACAGAAACAUCUAACCAAUGAAUUCAAUGAACUGAUAAGCUUAAAACCACGAUAUGAUGCCCAUGAUUUCAAGAGUGGAAAGAAAUUUUCAAAAAUGAACUUUACAAAAUCAGUCUUACCAG